UUUGCCGUGAGCACGCUCCACGCUUCUCGCUACCGGUUUUGAUCGCACCUCUAGUGACGUACGAUUUUAAAUUCGAAAUUUCGAAUGCAACGAAGUUCGUUAAUUAAGUUUUCGAAAUUUUAAAUAAUCAACAAUGGACUCUGAACUGUGUGACUGUUUAUUUUUGUAAUUUUAUUAAGUGUUUGUUUUUUUAUCAAUUAUUAUUUUUGUUUUGUUUAUUGUACUUUUUUGAAAGUGUUAAGGGAGUGAAUGUGAUAUUUUGGAAAAAGCCCGGAAGGACGGGUUGGCUCUUCGUUCACGCUUCCGUGACAGAUCAACAUUGCGGACGCCAUUGAAAUUCAAAAAUGACUGUCAAGAAAACAGCCCGGACGGGCGGCUUUGCGGCCAUGGUUGCGCGACAGAAGAUGCACAGCGUCAACCAACAGAUCGAUAUUAUGGCUAUCAGCAAACCAACCUCCCUACAAGCUUAUAACAUAGUUGUCGGCUUCAAUGAGAAGGACCAACUACAACUAUUAACUAAGGAAGAUAUUACAGACGAAGAUAAAAAACUAAUUAAGGAUUACACAGAACUAAAACCAACCAAAUGUGAAAAUAUUUCAAUAGAUGACGUCACAAACUGUGUAAACAUCGAAAAUUAUCCUAAUUGCGAUAACACUCUAGUCUUUUACGUAACCAAAAAUAUCAACAAGGAAGCCAUCGCGCUCAAAUUCGAAAACGAACAAGACUUCAAGAGAAUAUACUUCACUUACAAAUACUUCAAAAUGCGGAACCGACUGACGAAAAACACGAACAACUAUUCGAGCAGUGAAAACUUGUUUUCUAAAAAGAAAACUUAUGACAUUUUCAAAAGCAGAAAGAAUAGUAUGGACGACUACAGUUUGUUCGAGAAGGGACGCAGCAAUGAGUACGAUUUACUACAAACUACAGAUAACGAUGGUGUAACACAUUUAUCGGUGCAACACAAGAAUAAUUUAAACAAUCGAUUUGAGCAGCCAAUGAGUCUAAUUGGAAUAAGAAAUGAUUUGAAUGACGCAGGAGAAAUAGACAGUAUAAUUUACACAGACAUAGAAAUACCAUCAAAACCUGAAAGAAACCGAUUGUUUAAUAAGAAACACAAAGCACCUCCUCCACCAAUAUUAAAAGAUAGUCAAACUAAAGUGUUGAAAGGAGAAUUUGUGAGAGUAAACAUUGAUCGAGCGCCGGACAUCAUACCGAAAGAUAACAAAUUGAACAAGGUACCGGACAUUCUCAUGUUCAGAGAUAAUAAAUCAAAUAAGAAGAACGCGACGAACAAUAUCUGGCCAGCAAGUAAUAAAGUGACCGGCUACGAGUCUGACCGCGAAGAGUGGAAGAGCAGCCGAUCCCAGUUCUCGACGACAGCGUUCGACAGCCUCGCUAGGCCGACCAAGAUGGCGAUGGCACUCACACUAAGAAAACCCCAAAGAUUGGAACCAGUACCACAGUAUUACAGGAUGCCCAGCGAACAGAAGCCAAAACUAACACCAAUGCCAUUUAGACCGAACAAUUUCCUGCAACGACCGCCUCGACUGCCGCGACCCAACCCUGAUAUGAAGAGGAACCUCCUAAGCACAGACCACAGAAAAUUUACGUCACUGCAGAGUCUGGAGAUACCUAAGAAAUUAAGUGAACCGAAGAAGCAACCGAUGGAUAUAAAGAAGAACAAUUAUUCGAAUAUCUCGCACAGAAUCACCGGCUUGACGAAUAAGUUAAGAGAUUUAGGUAACCCUAGCAACACUCUUGGUAGAUUUAAGGCACAGUCUCAUGGUGAUGUGGCGAAUUUGAAACCUGUAUUGAAGAUGAAUGGACAAGAUGGAGCAAAGAGGUCUGUAGUCAGGACCUGCAGUGCGGAACCACCAAAGAAAGUAACGUUCAGCGCAUUUGCUACUGUUCAAGUUGUGUAAGAUGUAUAGCUGAUUUCGAUAUUAGUGGUACUGGUCUGAUUUCACUAAAAAUUCUGGUCAAAAUGUAUAUGACUUGAUAAAAUAAAAGGAAUUAGUGUUUGGUAGAUACAGUAAUAAAAAUAUCCAUUUAAGUCAAAAUAUUAACUUCAGAGAUAAGCACAAUGUAUAGAUUGAUAAGCUUGAAAGUGUGUAAGAUGUAGCUAAAGUUUUAGCAAGAAAAAAUUAGCUAUAAAUAUAUCAUAUUUAUAAAUCCAGUUUAAAAUUCUUAGUGAGAUCAGACUUAGUAAAUCGAUUGUAUGUAACAUAUUAAUCCAAGGACUGACUGAUUAUAAGAAUAUUAUCGAUCGUAUCAAUAGCUUGUAGUACCGUCGGUCAUCGUAAGUUUACAGCGUGCUGGUCAGGCCGGGAACUCUGUGUAAAUAUAGUUUAAAACAUGGCGUUUACAAUAACGUGUAAUUUUAAAUUAAGCAUCUUAUAUUCUAGAUUUUCAAAGAUUCCCUUUUCUCGAUUCCUUUUUUGGUACUUAUAACUUCUAGUUUCAUGUUUAAUACCCACACAUUGCUCGUUUUUUUUGUUUCCUAUCUAUAAUAUAUGUGUAGUGUCUUUAACUCUCUUUUCCUAAUCCCUAAUGUCAUGCUUAAAAUUCUUCCAUGUGACUCUAUCAAUAACCUCGACACAGAUUUGAUUAUGAUCAGUAAAUUGAGAAAGAUAUUUAUUAUGUCCUGACAUAUCAUAAAUUCACGAUUACAACAAAAUUGACGAAAGUUAUAACAUAAAUUCGAAAUAUAUAUCAAUUUUGUAACAACGGCUCGAGUAAUACGCGUUUUGCAAAAUAAUCGUAGAUUUCGUUAUCAAACAUAAAAUGUUGGUCCAAACGUUGAUUUAAAUUAAUCACAUGCCAUAAUUUAUGGAAUAUUGUAAUAUUUUCAACAAUAUUGACAAUUUUUUAGUGACUAUACAAUUUGAUGGGAGACUAGAGGCGCCUAUUUCAUCAGACAGGUAUUAGACAUUACAAUCGCCUAAUACAAAAUUCAUUCAACAAAUCGUUACCCUCCUCAAUCGUUGAGCAUCUAAUGACAGUUAUUACGAACUACUCCUAACCCAUCUUUUAACUAAAAAAUACUUAGCGUGUACGUUACACUACCACCUAAUUUAACCCCUUACUUGUACUGUUAGGUGUCACUUAUAGGUUGAUGAAAACCAAAAUGAUGUUCAUUAUCACCUAUUUAGGGUAGGGGUUCCUUCAAAAGGAGUGGUGGAAUCGGGCAUAAGUCACUAACAAUCUUAUAUCUGAUACUAAUAAAGCUGAAGAGUUUAUUUGUUUGACCGCGCUUAUCUCAGGAACUACUGGUCCAAUUUGAACAAAUACUUUUGUAUUGGAUAGCUCAUUUAUCGAGGAAGGCUUUAGGCUAAACAUCACGCUAUGAUCAAUAGCCGCUGAGCCAAAAUCACGUGGAGAUAGCUCGUUAUUCAUAAUUCUCAUCUUAGCUUAGCAACGACACUUUAAAAUCAACUAAAAUCGCGGGUUACUCAUACUAAGAAAAGCUCUACUAGUUUCGAACUACAGUGGGGU